UUCGAACGCUGACUACCCUCUUGGGUCGGAAAUUUCCAACCUGCCCCCGGGGGGUCGGGUCGGGCCAAAUUUUCAGUCUCCCUCUUCCUCUGUAGCAUGGUUCCAAGAGUCCCUCUGAGGAGACUCGUAGAAGCUCAAACGAAACAAACUCUCAAAUUUCUGCACAUAUUCCAAUUAUCGUUUCUAGCUCAGCGUUCAACUCAAUCUCAAAACAGGGCCUUCUCUCUCGAAACUUAUCAUCUGACAAAUGGAUCUGCGGCGCUGUGCGAAGCGCACCACCCAUUGGACGAAAUUCCCCACACAGCCCAACCACACUGUAAUCACUUGCUUUUCGAGUAUUCGCGCAGUAAUUGUAACCAUGAAGCUUUGGAUAUCUUCUUGGGUAAUCGGCGUUCUGCUCUACCAAUUGAUGGGUCGAGCCUUUCUUGUGCAUUAAAGGUCUGUGGAAGCUUGUUUGAUCAGAUUGUUGGCAAACAAGUACACUGUCUUUGUGUUAGAUCUGGAUUUGUGGAGGAUGUUAGUGUUGGCACUUCUCUUAUUGAUAUGUAUAUGAAAACUCAGAAUCUGGAGGAUGGGAUGAGAGCAUUUCAUGAAAUGCCAGAGAGAAAUGUAGUGUCUUGGACCUCCUUGCUUACGGGGUAUUCGCAGAAUGGCUCGGCUGAUUCAGUCAUAGAACUUUUCUUUCAGAUGCAAAUGGAAGGAAUUAAGCCUAACGCAUAUACUUUUGCUGCUGUUUUCGGAGCUCUGGCAAGUGAUGGUGCACUUGAGAGGGGAAUUCAGGUUCAUACAAUGGUUGUUAAAAAUGGUUAUGAGUUUACUACACCGGUGGGAAAUUCUUUGAUUAGCAUGUACUCGAAAACGGGAAUGAUUAGAGAUGCUAGAGCAGUCUUUGAUGGUAUGGAGAGUAGGAAUACCGUCUCUUGGAAUGGUAUGAUUGCUGGUCUUGUAACAAAUGGGUUUGACAUGGAAGCUUUUGAACUAUUUUAUGAGAUGAGACUUGCUGUCAUAGAGCUGACUCAGAUGACUUUUGCUACUGUUAUUAAGUUAUGUGCUAACAUUAAGGAAUUGGGUUUUGCAAGACAGCUCCAUUGUCAAAUUCUUAAGAUUGGAUUUGGAUACCAUUUUAAUAUCAGAACAGCACUUAUGGUGGCUUAUACUAAGUGCAGGGAAAUGGGUGAUGCUUUCCAGUUGUUCUCUGGAAUGCAUGGAGUUCAAAAUGUGGUGUCAUGGACUGCCAUGAUUAGUGGUUACUUACAGAGUGGUGAAAAGGAAAAAGCUGUGAAUCUCUUCUCUCAAAUGGGCAGGGAAGGUGUUAGACCGAACCAUUUUACAUAUUCUACCAUCCUUACAGCUCUCCCAGUUGUUUCUCCCUUCCAAGUACAUGCGCAAGUUGUCAAAACUAAUUAUCAGAACUCAUCCCCAGUGGGAACUGCACUUUUAGAUGCUUAUGUUAAGUUAGGAAAAACCAAUGAAGCCUCAAAAGUUUUUGAAUUGAUUGAUGAGAAGGACAUUGUUGCAUGGUCAGCAAUGCUAGCUGGAUUUGCCCAAGUAGGUGACACCGAAAGAGCCAUUAAAAUUUUCCUCCUCUUGAGAAAGGAGGGCAUAAAACCAAAUGAGUAUUCCUUUUCUAGUGUCAUUAAUGCCUGUGCUGGCCCCAUGGCAGCAAUGGAUCAGGGUAAACAGGUCCAUGCAAACUCAAUCAAAUCUGGAUUUAAUAAUGCUUUAUGUGUAAGCAGUGCUCUUGUCACAAUGUAUGCAAAGAGAGGCAGUGUCGAAAGUGCAUAUGAAGUUUUCAAGAGGCAGGGGGAGAGAGAUUUAGUGUCAUGGAACUCAAUGAUAUCGGGAUAUGCACAACAUGGUUAUGGGAAGAAGGCUCUUGAGAUAUUCAAGGAAAUGAAGAGUCAAAAUAUGGGAAUGGACGGUAUAACGUUCAUUGGUGUGAUUUCUGCCUGUGCACAUGCAGGACUGGUGGGUGAAGGUAAAAAAUUUUAUGAUAUGAUGGUCAAAGAUCUUAAUAUUCAUCCAACAAUGGAGCAUUAUUCUUGCAUGGUUGAUCUAUAUGGCCGAGCAGGAAUGUUUGAAAAAGCCAUAGAUAUUAUCAAUGGGAUGCCAUUUCCAGCAGGUGCAACUGUAUGGCGAACUCUGUUGGGCACUUGCCGCGUCCACCUCAAUUUAGAGCUUGGAAAGCUUGCAGCAGAAAAGCUCAUUUCAAUUCAGCCAGAAGACUCUGCUGCAUAUGUUCUGCUGUCAAAUAUGUAUGCGGCAGCAGGAGUUUGGCAAGAGAGAGUUAAAGUUAGGGAGUUAAUGAGGGAGAGGAAAGUGAAAAAAGAAGCUGGAUACAGCUGGAUUGAGGUAAAGAACAAAACCCAUGCAUUCUUGGCUGGAGACCUUUCACAUCCCUUAUCAGAUCAUAUUUAUUCAAAACUUGAAGAGAUAGGCAUGCGGUUGAAGGACGCAGGAUACCACCCAGAUACAAAUUUUGUGCUUCAUGAUGUUGAAGAGGAAUACAAAGAAGUUAUCCUUUCUCGACACAGUGAGAGACUGGCCAUUGCUUUUGGAUUGAUUGCCACACCUCCAGGGACUCCUAUCCAGAUUGUGAAGAACCUUAGAGUCUGUGGAGAUUGUCAUACUGUUAUUAAGUUAAUAUCAUUCAUUGAGGGGAGGGACAUCAUUGUGAGGGAUUCUAACCGAUUCCACCACUUCAAGGGAGGUUUAUGCUCUUGUGGGGACUAUUGGUGAACAUUCCAAUAAGUCAGCCAAGAAUAUUGGUGACACUCCAAAAAGUCAGUGGGACAUGGAUUUAGUGUAUGCUUGUUGGUUGAUCAUAUCAACGGAUUCUUAGGCUAAGUUGGUGCUCAUAAAGCUGCGUCAUGGACAUAUUAUUAGGGGCCACAUUAUUGUAUUGGCUAUGAACCUGAUGGCUAAUCAAAUCAAAGAAGAAGAAGCACAUACCAGUUUUGUGAAAACCUGGGUGUUUGGAAAGUUGAUGAUGAUUCAUUGAGGGUGUAAAUUACCUGAAAGUCUGAUUUCAACUAAGUUUGGUGGGCUUCGCAUUACUUCUGUACGAUUUGCUGCUUGAAAUUUGUAGCUGCUGUUUUUCAUGUUGCAACUGAAACACUAAGAGGUGGAGUGCUUGCAGCAAUAACAUGACAAGUAACAGAGAGAUGUACAUGAAGCUUGAUCAUAAGUUCACCUCAGAGGUAACACCUGGAGGAGGCAAGUUACAUAAAAUUUUUGGGAAAUUAGCAAUAGCAGUCCAUGAAAAGGGAGGUAACUCUAAACUCAUCCAUUAUAGGCUUUAUGCCUUUAUAUUCUAAUUUGACUCAGAAUUUAUUUAGUGUUGGAAACUGCUACAAGAGGACAUAUAUUGCAUUUUGAUA